AUGGGUUGUUUAGAGAGCACAUGCUCUCCUACUGAUGGCGAUUGUGAUUGCAAAGAGUUUUACACAGGGGAUAAAUGUGAAGUUUGUGAAGACGGGCUUUACGGCGAAAUGAACUGUACUCAGAAAUGUUCUACUGGUUGCGAAAGCUUAACAUGUAACCCUAACGGAACGUGUAUAUGUAAGCCUGGUUUUACUGGAGAUACAUGUAACACGUGUGUUGAUGGCCGAUAUGGAGCAAACUGCUCUUUGAACUGCAGCCGAGGUUGCGAGAGGAACAAUUGCAGCUCACAGGACGGUACAUGCAACUGCAGGAGAAAUUAUAGUGGUGAACAAUGUGAAAACUGCAAUGCAGGUCGAUACGGAGAAGACUGUUCAAAACCAUGUAGCCUUGGAUGCUUAGACAACACUUGCUCAUCUACUGAUGGAAAGUGUGAUUGUAAACAUUUUUACACAGGAGCUAAAUGUGACGAUUGUGUAGAUGGGCGUUACGGUGACGGUUGUUUGAAUGAAUCUGAUUUGAAUGAACCGACAGAGAGAGAUAAACCAAACGAUGGUACAGCUGUUGGGGGAGCAAUUGGUGCUCUUCUUGUAGCAGCAGCAGUGGCUAUAUUUGCUGUCAUCAUUCUAAAACGAAGAAAUAAGUUAUGCUGCAAAAAGCCACGAGAUGAAGAAGUCAGCGAAGAAUCACCUGAGCCAGUUGUGUACGCUACAGUGCAAAACAGAAGACACACACCCGAUCCCGCUCUACAAAGGGAGUCAAGUCAUUAUGGCCAUCAGGCGCAACAAGCGCACACUUCAUUUACUGAGCACCAUGCUGAAACUGGGAACAACUUAUACGAAGAAAUUGCAAAAGCCACUGAUAAUUCAAACAUUGUUCAAGAGAAUGUCAAACAAGAAGAAGGACACAGAGUAAAUAUACGAACAGAACACGUUGAAAUGGUGAUGCUAGAGGAAACUACUGAAGAUGAUAGCCUUGAAAUUGAUGAAGAUGACCAAAUAGCACGAGCAAUAGCAGUCAAGUUUGAAGAGAAGGGCGGUAUAUAUUGCAACAAUGCUGAUACAAUAAAUAAACAAAAAGUUGCUGUUAACAGCUUUACGAAAUACGUGAUUGAGAAAACUGACAUAGAUAUUGAAGAAGAAUUUGAGAAAUUUCCUUAUGGAUUGACAAAACCAUACGCCGUGUCGCAGAUGCACGAACAUAUUCAACGAAACAGAUAUAAAGGGAUUUAUCCAUACGACGACACAAGGGUCAAACUACAUGACUUUGAGACAGAUUACAUUAAUGCUAGUUUCAUAGAUGGCUACAAUAAACGACAUGCGUACAUUGCAGCCCUAGGUAAAAUAUAG